AAUGUCGGGCUUUCACGAUGACUCAAUUGUGACAUUUCAAGUUAGUCAAAGUCACAUACGUUUGAGUCCCCCCCCCCCUGUUCAGCUUUGACAUUUGCCGACUUGGGGGUCUCGAGAUGCAUUCUUGUCUCGUCAGCCACGAUGCGCACGCUCUCGCGUCUGCUUUUUGCAUCCUUUUGCCGCCUUUACUUGCUUUCGUGCGCGCUGUCGAUGCAAUGCAAGGACUCGCAGUACGCCUGGCCCGUGAAGGCCCCGCAACGUUGCUGUGACAAGUGCCCGCCUGGUGAACACAUGAUCCGGCGUUCUCGGACCGGCUGCCAGAUCGCGUGUGGACGAUGCACGGGCGAACGCUACACCGACUCGUACAACGUAGAGAUGAGCUGCAAUGUUUGCGUCACGUGCGACAAGCCCAAUAUGGAGUACGAGUCGCACUGCAGAAACUCUCAGAACGCCGUGUGCAGAUGUCAAGUCGGCUACGAAUGCACGGAUGAAGCAUGCGCGGCAUGUGGGCGAGCACCAGGAACAGUCGAGCCCAGCACCACAGAUCCAAAGUGGUACCUGUUGAAAAUCCUCCCCGUGUGUGUCGUCCUGGUCAUCAUCGUCGUCAUCUUCUUACUCGUCUUGCCCCUUCUCGGUCGGAUCCGAUCCAAGCACGGGUUCUACUCAGUAGAAGUCAAAGCGAUUCGAGGAAUGCCGGAGGACGAGGAGAUGCGCAAGCCUGUCCAAGAAGUAUGCGGCAAAUGCGAGCAAAAGCGUUGACUUUUGAUUUGGUUCUUGAGGGAAACACAGCGGCACGCAAGUUUGUUGUUUUCAUGAGAAGAAUAGAGAAGAUCUGCGUGGAAGACGCGUGACGGCAUGUGUAUAGUUGUGGCACACUUCACGGACAUUAAAUAGUGGUGGUGGUGGGGGGGGCGUAGUGUUGAUUUACUCAAGUGUCGCUUGGAGAAAAGCUUGUUCAAGUCCUUGUGGAAGGAGAAAUGUUAGUGCUGUGUUACAAAACAGUGUUCUUCAAAGUGACCGUUUCUAUCCUAUUUUUUUAUUUGUAUCACGAGCGCAAUUAGAUUGCUGGGGGGUGUCCCUCUCCUUUUGAAAAUGGUUCAUGGGGUUUCAAAUCUAUGUGCCGCGCCACUUCCUUGGACUGGGAUGCAUUUUGUAUAUUUUUACAUUUUUGACUUGUUUCUUUUCUGGUUGGGCUAAUUUGAUGAAAGAAUAAAAGCCGUUGUUUU